AUGCAUUGGGCGGUUAUCAUUGCACUCCUCUCGGCAGUGUGUAAGCUGGCCUCUUGUGGAGCUCAAGGCCGCUUGGUGAGUGCCGCAUAUUAUAUCAAUUGGGCCAUUUACGAUAGAAAGUUUGAUCCGCAGGAUCUCCCAGCGGACAAGUUAACGCAUGUGCUCUAUGCAUUUGCCAAUAUAUCACUCACAGGCGAGGUUUCCUUGUCUGAUAAUUGGGCCGAUACAGAGAAACACUUUGCUGGAGAUACCUUGGACGAGCCCGGGGCUAACCUUUAUGGCUGCUUCAAGCAACUCUACCUCCUCAAAAAGGCCAACCGCCAUCUCAAGAUUCUUCUUUCUAUUGGUGGCGCGAGUUACUCCGCAAACUUCUCUGGCCUAGCAUCUACUGACUUAGGUCGGUCAACAUUUGCUUCGACUGCCGUCGCUCUCGUCGCAGACCUCGGCCUCGACGGCCUUGAUAUUGAUUGGGAAUUUCCUCAAAAUAAUGCCGAGGCAGCGGAUAUGGUUCUUCUCUUGCAAAGCACCAGAGCCGCUCUCGACGCCUAUGGGAAAUCACUCAGCACGCCAUAUCAUUUCCAGCUCACGGUAGCCUGUCCUGCGGGCCCUUCCGACUAUAAAACUCUACAUCUCGCUGAGAUGGAUCAAUACGCAGAUUUCUGGUUUCUUAUGGCGUAUAAUUACGCUGGGAACUGGAGCAAGACAACCGGGAACCAAGCAAACCUCUUCCCAUCUACGAUUGACCCAGCCAGUACCCCGUUCAAUACUACGGAAGCUGUCGGCUACUAUAUUGCCAAAGGGAUUGCGGCAAGCAAGAUCGUCCUUGGUAUGCCUAUCUACGGCCGGUCCUUUGCGGCUACCGACGGUCUUGGCAAGCCAUUUAAUAAAGUUGGUUCGGGCACUUGGGAGGCUGGGGUCUAUGACUUCAAGGAAUUGCCACUCUACGGAGCGACGGAGAGUUACGAUAGUGCAACGGGAUCGAGCUAUAGCUAUAAUGCUGCAAGCAAAGAAUUGGUCAGCUACGACAACGUCGCUGUGGUGAAGCAGAAGGCGGCCUUUAUCCAGCGGAUGGAACUGGGUGGGGCGAUGUGGUGGGAAAGUAGUGCGGAUAAGAUGGGCAACAAGAGCUUGAUUCGGACCGUGGCCGAGGCUCUCGGUGGUGGUAAUGGCUCGGGCUUGGGCUUGGGCUGUUCCCAAAAUCAACUGGCUUACCCAAAUAGCCCCUACCUGAAUCUCCGAGCUGAAAUGCCUGGGUUGGGUUCUGUUUCUGUAGCUGUAGCUGCACUAACGUCUGCCGUCAUGUCCGAGGAACGCUUAUCCAUUUCGUCACCAACACCUAAUUCGGAUACUGCUUCCUUGCCCUCCCAUAAAGGGGGUAGCGAGACCCCUUCAACUUCAUCUUCAACCUCAUCUUCAAAAGGUGCAAAUAGUCCCUCGGGCCCAGUAGCCCAGAGUCAAUUUACAACUUUGACCAUGCACACCACGAGCGUUUCUACAAUCAUCAACUGCGCCUCGACAGCUGAAAGAUGCCUAGUUGAUUCCACCCUAACCACAACCUUGACCGACCAUGCUUCAACCACUAUCUGCCCGGCCACGGAGACGACCACCAAAUCUUAUCAGCUGAACUCUGUCUGGACCAACUCUACAGCAUCUUCAUUCUCUUUGGAUAUUAGCCCAACCAACAACGGCACGAAAGUGGUUUCUGCUCAAUCUCCUCAAAGCAGCACCAAUCCUCUUGUUGUCCCUGGGAAGAAUGGUAUAUCUGGGUGUGCAUACGUCUUGGCCGAUCGCUUAGGUGCCGGUGCUAUGUGCUCGUUAGACUAUUGUUACUGUGGUGGGAUUGCCGCUCCUCUGCUCACUUCAACGUUGUCAGGCGCAUUGACUACCAAUUGCAAUUAUCAAACACAACCGGCAACAAACUCUUGUCCUCAGUCUAAUUAUUAUGCCCCAAUAUCUAUGCUUUCUGUAACGGCUAGAAUAGUAACUCCCGACCCAACUACAGUAUCCAAUAUGGUUAUCGUGUCCUGCUUGUCAUCGGACGGCGUCUUGGCGACCUGCAUUCCCUUCACGACAUCUAGCCAACUUCCAACUAGCACCGGUCGGGCAUAA